UGCCAGCUGCCUAAGAUGGGUGACACCUGGUCCCAGCUGCCCUGGCCUGGGCCCCCCCACCCAGCUGUGCUGCUGGUCUCCCUCCUCUUGGCAGCCGGGGCCAUGCGCUCGGAGGCCGGCGCUAGCUGCCCGGUCCUCUGUACGUGCCAUAACCAGGUGGUGGAUUGCAGCAGCCAACGGCUGUUCUCCGUGCCCCCAGACCUGCCGAUGGACACUCGCAACCUCAGCCUGGCCCACAACCGCAUCACGGCCGUGCCGCCCGGCUACCUCACGUGCUACAUGGAGCUCCGGGUGUUGGAUCUGCGUAACAACUCCUUGGUGGAGCUGCCCCCGGGCCUCUUCCUCCACGCCAAGCGCUUGGCACACCUGGAUCUGAGCUACAACAACCUCAGCCACGUGCCGGCCGACAUGUUCCAAGAAGCCCACGGCCUCGUGCACAUCGACCUGAGCCACAACCCGUGGCUGCGCAGGGUGCACCCCCAAGCCUUCCAGGGCCUGGUGCAGCUCCGAGACCUGGACCUCAGCUACGGGGGCCUGGCCUUCCUCAGUCUCGAGGCCCUGGAGGGCCUGCCGGGGCUGGUGACCCUGCAGAUCGGCGGCAACCCCUGGGUGUGCGGCUGCACCAUGGAGCCCUUGUUGAAGUGGCUGCGGAACCGGAUCCAGCGCUGCACGGCGGAUUCUCAACUGGCUGAGUGCCGGGGGCCCCCUGAAGUUGAGGGUGCCCCACUCUUCUCCCUCACUGAGGAGAGCUUCAAGGCCUGCCACCUGACUCUGACCCUGGAUGAUUAUCUCUUCAUUGCAUUUGUGGGCUUCGUGGUCUCCAUUGCCUCCGUGGUCACCAACUUCCUCCUGGGCAUCACAGCCAACUGCUGCCACCGUUGGAGCAAAGCCAGUGAAGAGGAAGAGAUUUGA